GGAAGGUAAUACUAAAAGUUACAUUUAAACUUUGACAGUGAAACAUAGCUCAAGUAUAAAUUAUUUAAUUUAUAAAAUUGAAAAUCUUGUACAAUAAAGGGAGGAAGAAGGGGAAGGGGUGGUUGGUUGGUGGUUUUUUUUUUUUUUUUCUAUGCAUAAUUAAAUCUAAGUAUCAAGUAAUUGGGUGGGUUAGAGGUUAAUAAAAAAAAUAGAGGAAAAUUGAAGUCUAAUUAAGUUGAUAAUUAAGGAAAUGUGUUUCAUCUAGUAAAAAAUGAACGUAGUGGUUUUUUUAUUUGCAAAAUGGUGUAUUUAAAAGGUUUUUUUUUUUACAAAUUUUCCUUUUUAGUUUUUUAAUUAUUAAGUCAGCUCAGCUCAGCUCCAUAGGAUCGAACCUGUAACCUGAAUGUCGGCGGUGCAAACCAAACCAAGCGUAGGGCCGUAGCACCGUAUAUGCGGCUUCUAUUCUAAACAUAGUGGGUAGUCCCGGGAAACUGUUGAAAAAAGUGACAAACUAAUCAGCAUCACAGGGUUGUCACUCAUGGCGUGUGGGUUCCACUUAAUGACUAGAAAGUAAACACUUCUCCGCACUUAAUUACCCAUCAUAAUUAAUUAAUUAAAUAAUUUACUCCCUAAUUAAAACCACUCGCUUUAAUAAUAAGAUACCUUACCUUACAUACAUUCAUUACAGCGCUAACAUGGAAGAACCUCUCUCUCUCCUCCUCUUCUUUCUCUCUCUUUAACUUCUUCUACAAUCAAUUUCCAUUUUUAUUUUUUUUUUCGAUUUCAAAUCCCUAUUUUUUCGGAAACCCUAGAAAUUCAAUCACAACUGUUGAUCUCUCUCCUCUAAAUUUGUUUAUUCUUUCUACACAUUUUUGUUCAUUCGAUUCAUUUGUUUGAUCGUCUUAAUCGAUUUAUAUUUUUGUUCGAUUAAUUUGAUUUGAUAUUAUUGAUGAAGCGGUUUCGAAGAUGGCAGAGGAUCUUCAUCCUCUUUUUUCUCUCUCUUUCUGUAUUUGCUCCUCUUGUUCUAGUCUCCAUUCGACUGAAAACUCUUACUUCUGAAGGAAGUAGCAAUUUCGUUGAAGAUUUACCUAGUAUUCAGUAUAAGUCAGAUGCGUUACAACUAAAUGCAGUUGAACAGGAAGCAAAGGAGGGUGUGAAAGAGCCUAAACAAGAAGUUUAUAGAGAUCAGAAUUACUCAGUAGUUAAUUUUGAUCAGAAUCAGGGUGGGGAUUCAACGGUGCAGGGUUCGAGGGCGAGUGACGGCAAGGUGGUGGAGUCUGGAUCACAACGUCGGGGAACUCAGCAACUUGUUGGGGAAGAAGUCAAGCCAAUUCAACUUAGGGAAGAACUCGUAACGAAAACUAAUGAGGCUCACUCAAAUCAAAUGUCUAGUCAACAUGACCAUGGAGUUCGGGCCCCUCCACGUCCUGAUACGCGGAGAGCUACAGAUGAGAAGGUGAAGCAAAUGAAAGAUCAGGUGAUUAGGGCCAGGGCAUACUUGAGUUUUGCUACGGCUGCAAGCAAUACUCAUUUAGUGAAAGAGUUGAAGUUACGUAUAAAAGAAGUUGAACGGGCAAUGGGGGAAGCCAGAAAAGAUUCAGAAUUAUCGAGAAGCCGUCUGCAGAAAAUUAAAUCUAUGGAGAACACCUUGUCAAAAGCAAAUCAUGUAUUUCCAGAUUGCUCAAACAUGGUUAAUAAGCUCCGUGCAAUGACACACAGUGCUGAAGAGCAAGUCCAGUCGCAGAGGAAGCAGACAACAUUUCUUACCGAGCUUGCGGGAAGAACAACUCCAAAAGGCCUGCAUUGUCUUUCUAUGCGACUCACUACAGAUUACUUUAUGUUGCAGUCUGAAAAACAGAAGCUUCCCAAGCAACAGAAUGUUUACAACCCUGAUCUUCAUCAUUAUGUUACCUUCUCUGACAAUGUCUUGGCUGCUGCAGUGGUUGUGAACUCCACAGUGUCCAAUGCCAUGGAACCGGAGAGAGUUGUCUUUCAUGUGGUGACAGAUUCUCUGAAUUUUCCUGCCUUCUCCAUGUGGUUUUUGUUGAAUCCUCCUGGAAAAGCCACUGUCCAGGUCCUAAAUAUGCAAGAUUUUCAGUGGUGGCAGGAAUAUGAAUCGUCACACGAGAAGCAAGGUGCCCGUGAUCCAAGAUAUUCGUCUCUACUCAAUCACCUACGCUUUUACCUUCCUGAAAUUUUCCCUCAGCUAGAUAAAAUAGUAUUUCUCGACCAUGAUGUGGUGGUUCAAAGAGAUUUAAGUGGUCUCUGGACCAUUGAUAUGAAGGGGAAAGUUAAUGGUGCAGUAGAGACAUGCCAAGAAGACAAGUCUUCGUUCAGGCGGAUGGCAAUGUUCAUCAAUUUUUCAGAUCCUCUGGUGGCUAGGAAGUUUGAUGCCAAUGCAUGUACAUGGGCAUUUGGGGUGAAUUUGUUUGACCUCAGACAGUGGAGACACCAUGAUUUGACCUCAAGCUACCGUAGAUUCCUUCAAGAGGGCAAUGGAAGGCCUCUUUGGAAGGCAGGAAGUCUACCUUUAGGCUGGGUUACUUUCUAUAAUCAGACAGUGGCUUUGGACCAAAGAUGGCAUCUUUUGGGGCUAGGAUUUGAUUCGGUAUUGAGGUUGGAAGACAUUGAACAGGCAGCAGUUCUACAUUAUGAUGGAAUCAUGAAACCUUGGUUGGAUAUUGGGAUAAAGAAGUACAAAGGAUACUGGAACAAGUUUGCGAAUUAUGAUCAUCCCUACAUGCAACAAUGUAAUCUUCAUGGGUAAUAUGAUUUAGUUGAGACUGGAAAUUGGCUCACACGCUCAUCAAGACCCCAUGAAGGAAGGCUCUUCAUUCCUUGAAUACAAGGAUUGUCGGGGGGGCUUGCAAUGACAUCAAGGGUCGGGAUUUCGACCAACAGCGGCAACUCACAGUAUAUUCUUUUGCCAAUUUUGGCUUGUUAACUACUCUUCAAGUCAUACAAACAGAUACAAGAAUAGUUCAUUCUUUCAUCUAAUUAAUUCAUGUAAAUUCAGCCGAUUAUUAUUCUUUUCUUUUCCAGUACCCUGCUCAGAGUAUUCUAGGGAGCUGAUCUGAGCCAGCUUAUAGCAAUAGUGAGCAAAAUGAGAAAUUACUUGCAGAGUUUUUUUGUAAUGACGGUUGCUUUACUUGUAUAUAACUCAAUCAAGAGUUGUGGCAGCUUUUAUGUACUGGUAUAUGAUAUUCUUUUUAUU